ACAUACAUCUCUUCGAGAAAACAUCAAAAAUCAUUUUUUUUUUUUUUUCAAUAAAAUAAUAUACACAAACUAUUCUCGAAAUUCUAAAUUUUUUUCUGUAAUGUUUUGAUCACAUAGAUUAUACAUAAUAAUUUCAAGGCUUUACAGCUUUCGCCAGUGUUGGUAAAUGUUUAAAACAAUUUGCACAUCAAUCGCAUGCAAUAUUGUUCGUUUCGUCCGUCAGAUAUAAUUUCUCAGAUAGUUUAUCCGAAGAAUGCGCAUCUUCGGCAAAAUGACACAUUUACUACAUAUCUCCCGAUGUUUAAGCUAUCAUGCGCCGAUCUGUCGACCGCACCGACUGCUCCAUGGUAGUUGCAAGCAAUGGAAAAAGAUCUGCUCAAAGUGCGUCUGUUGGCAUCCAACACCGUCACAGUUAAUUGAAAUGCUGCCAUCACUACCCAGUAUGAUACACGUUCAGCUGUAUUCGCAGCGUUCAUCGAGUGUCUUUACCCCCCACACGAAUGUCGAUAUGCUACGCAAGCGUAUUAGUUUCAGUGGAACGCCAUCCGAGAGCAGCGAGGUCGCCGAGGCGACGGCGCCCAAUGUGGUGCCAGUCGGCAUCAUAAUGCCCGAAUCCAAGGAGGGCAAGCAGUUGAAGAUCGUUAUUGUGCCGCUAGACUUGGCCAAUCAGGAUAUCGAAAGUCUGCGCAAUACGCUCGAGGCACUCAAUCAACUUCGCAUGCAUGCCAGCGAGAUAGACGCUUUCACCAACACCAUGAUCGAGGACCUUAACAAGGAUGAGGCGGCACUGUCUGCCAAUGAGACACCAACAGCCAUCGAGGAGCCAGCGGAAGAUAAACGCAAGGUUAGCUACUUUGAGGGAUAUGUGGAGGGUGUCGAUAGUGGAUUCAGCGAAGAUUCAGCCAAUGCUGUUGCCAUCAAAGCAACUGAUACUCGGAAGGCUACAUGCAAAGCCAGCGAUUUUCAAAAUAUGGGAAAAACCACAAGAAACACACCGGCGGACGAGGCCUCGACGCAGGCAGCUGAACUCAGGCAGCUAGCAUACGAAGCAGUCGAUGUGACGCCGAUCGCCAAAGCAGAUAAUGCAGCAACCUGUGCGGCAGCUUCGCCCGAGGCAGAUAUUGCGCCAAUGACACCUGCGCCGUACAAGCCGUCCGUCCCAUCAGCACCAAACCAAACGCCAGCAUCACCAAACACCAAGCCUGGCUCGCCACCUCAGACACUGCCACAGACGAUGCCCCUCGGUGAUCCGAAGGAGCUGCAAAUUAGUGCCGAUUCAGAAGAGAUGAUUAGCGAUGAUCCCCAUGUGGAUCAAAUAAGUAUCGAAGUGCCGGAUGCAUUGGGUCAGCGAUUGAAUGAUAUGGCCAUUGCUUCGAUGCAUUUGUCCUUUGAAAUGGAUAUGACAAAUGUGCGCGAUGCCAUACUAAACGAAGAACUGGCCCACAAGCCUGAGCCCACACUAGGCAGGGAUGCCAUGGUUUUUCUGGAAACCAAGGUAGAGGCCGAUCCCGAGAAUGCACCGCUAAAUACAGUGCCCCUGCGGUUCAAUGCUUUGAUCAAGGGCAUGGUUCAGAUCGAUGCCGAUAAACUGGAUCCAAGCCAUUUGAGCGAUGAGCAAUUGCCGGAAUAUAAUGAUACGGUUACCUCAAUUGCCGCAAGCAUCUGCAGCACGGCACUACAGCGUGGAUUUGCAUCUGAAGCAGGACUUGCUGUCGAACAGCAAGAGGAACAACAACAGCCACUAGAUCAGCAAGAGCAAACACAGCCGGCAGAUCAACUAGAGCAACCACAGUCACUAGAUCAACAAGAACAACUACAACAGCAGCAGCAGCAGAUGCCGUCGAGGAUGAUCCAGUAUGCCGACUUGCCUGUAAGUACAGACGAGUCCACGGAGAUAGUUGCACCCAUGCAUGCUGGAGGCCAGAUAGCGACCCAUGCUGGUCGCAAGGCAUUGAAACGUAGCCAGGAGAUGAAACGCAUGAAGCAACAACAUAGUGUGCCAACAAUGAGUGCUGUGGCGCAGCCCAUCAUUGAAGAUCAAGCAGCGGUCGCUAGUCCACAAUUAAAGGAUGGCUGCAAGCAUCCCAUUAUAAAGAAAAAAAAGAAAUGCCCUAAGAAAUGCCCGCUGCUCGAUGAUCCCUGCAAGGAUGACAAAUGCAAGCGUCCGCAGCCAAAGAAGCCAGAAAAGAAGGCAGAGAGCACGACUGAAAUCACAGCUAGUGCUGGCAAAAAGGAUCAAUGUGGCAAGAAAGGUGCUGGUAAAGGAGGUAAGGACGAAAAAAAAAAAGAUCCCUGCGCUAAGUUCAAAAAGGGAGGAAAAGGUGGUGACAAAAAGGGAGGUAAAGAUGAUAAGAAGGGAUGCAGUGGCAAAAAGGACGGAAAAGGAGGGGCCGGCGAUAAAAAGGACCCUUGCGCUAAAUUCAAGAAAGGUGCCAAAGGAGGCGAUAAGAAGGGAGGAGCAGGCGGAAAGGAUAAAAAAGAUCCUUGCGCCAAGAAAGGAGCAGCGGGCGGUGACAAGAAGAAAGAUCCUUGCGCCAAGAAGGGAGGAGCAGGUGGCGACAAGAAGAAAGAUCCUUGCGCCAAGAAAGGAGGAGCAGGUGGCGACAAGAAGAAAGAUGCUUGCGCCAAGAAGGGAGGAGCGGGUGACAAGGAUAAAAAAGAUCCUUGCGCCGUAUUCAAGAAGAACGCCAAGGGUGGUGAUAAGAAAAAGGAUCCUUGUAAAAAGGGCGGUGAUAAAAAGGGCGGUGAUAAAAAGGGCGGUGAUAAAAAGUGCGGUGAUAAAAAGGGAGGUAAAGGCGACAAAAAGGACCCUUGCGCCAAAUUCAAGAAAGGUAGCGGAGGCAAAGGCGAUGGAAAGGAUAAGAAAGAUCCCUGCAAAAAGAAGUACUCAACGUUCAGUAGUCCCGUUUCCAAAUUCUAUCAUCCCAAUAACUCACAUUUCCACUUCACCCGCAAUCCCAAACGCUUCUUAUCAUCACUCCAAUUGAAUAGCCAAAAAACUGCUGCAACGAGAAGCGCUUCCAAAUUCUUAUUGAAACUACGACCCUGCUUUAAGACCUAUACUACCCGAGUGCGUCGCAGCUACCUCAGAAGGCAAGCAAAACUUUCCAGCUGCUCUCUAAGCAGAUUGCCGAACAGCUCUACAAUUACACCUGCCAGGUUUCGAGUGUACUCGACCCUAGUGCGUCGCCAUUACGAUGGAAUGCCCUCGCCAGCGCAGAUGACUGCUUGGGGUAUUACGUCGAAGAGUGCGCAAAAUCAGAUUCAGCGUGGAUAUAGUAAGAAAUCCAAAAAAAAGAAGGGUCAGGAUGGCAAAUGUAAUGCACUCCAAGGUAAAGGCGGGCCUAGGGAUCGCAAGCAUAUUAAGGCGCGCACGAGUCUACGCACCGAUUGCUAUGAUUCAAAUGAGGAGGGAUGUCCUGUAAACCGCUGCACUAGUGUUUGUGACACGGUCAAAAUGCCGCGCAAGAAAUGUGAGAGGGGACAGAAACCACCGAAGCCGAAAAUGGCCAAAAAACCGAAGAAGAAACUCCCCGCCAUUUGCAUGGUCGGUAAAAAGAACAAAGGCAAAAAGGGCAAAGAAAGAAAUAAACUUCUAGCCACGGGCCAAGUAUUCCAUAAUCAAAUGCGUAUGAUUUCCACAAAGCGAUGCAUCAGCCAGGCUCAACACGCUCCUAUAACAAAGGAGGAGCCCGGUGAGGAUGAUUUGAGCACAAUGGAGGUGAUACGCAUACCUGCACCAUAUCAGAUAAGUAGAGAGCGCCAACCGCAGCCGGAUGUCAGACCUUUUGAUGUGCUCAUUGACAUCGGCUCUGUAGCGCUUACUGGCUCAGACAUACAUGUCUAUGAGAAUUCGAAUAAGAGUAUGGAGGGAAUGACCUUGGGACAUGAUGCCACUGGCUUUGUGGAGAAGGUUGGUAGCUGUGUCAAGCAUUUGCAUGUGGGUGAUCGUGUUGUCGUAGAAUCGGCCCUGUCCUGUGGAAUUUGUGAUUACUGCAAACGCGGCUUGUAUAACAUCUGUGCCGAUCUAAUGUAUAACGGCUUCUUGGCCACACAUCAAACACAUCCAGCAGACCUUUGCCAUCGUCUGCCAGACUCCACCAGCUUGGAGGAGGGCACCCUGACCCAAACCUUGGCAAUGGGCUGUCAGGCCUGUUUCAAAGCCCAAGUAUCGCCCACAAGCAAUAUACUAAUCAUUGGGUCGACCCCCACGGCUGUGGCGGCAGCACUGUGCGCCAGAGCGAUUGGCGCUCGGAAGGUAACCAUUGCUGGGAGUAUGCGCUCGUCGCUGAAAAUGAUUGACUGUGACUUUGGCUUUAAGACCAUCUAUUUUGACUCGAACGCACUAUUCGGAGAGGUGCUCGAGGACGUGUAUAGCAAAUUCCAGGAGUGGCCCAACUGCGCCAUCAACUGCGCCAUCUCGCCGAUGACCAUGAACCUGGCCGUAAUGGCAUUACAACCAUGCAGCGCAUGCAUCCUGACAGAAUGCGAGUCAGAAUGUGCCAGCUUCAAUGCUCUAGACAUACUAAUGAAAAACAUACGACUUAUACCAAGCUUUCGUUCUGCCAAUAUGUACCCAACGGCACUACAACUAAUUAAAUCUGGUCGCGCACCGAUGCAAAAAUUCAUUGCAAGAACCUUCUCAUGGAGCAUGUUAGAGGAAGCGUUUAAGAGUGCACAACACGAGUCAAACAUUGGCUUACGGAAAAUAAUCGUUAAUAAUACAGAAGAGAUUAACAUUGGGGGACUGUUCAAAAAAAAAUUAAAAUAUCACAAUUAAAGAUCAAAUUUGAGUAGAUAAA